UGACGGACAGGCUUCACAGGGAGCUGUGGUCACACACACCUUGGAGAGAGAGAGUCUGCUUCCACCGACUGGCCGAGAUCCCAGAGUAGACUUGAGGGAAAAUUUGAGGCAUUACAGCAAACCUAGAGAGUAGUACUUAGUGGUAGUGAGUAGUGGAGGUGACUUGAAGAUUGGUUAGAAGUUGCCAAGAAGUGUUGGAGUCGUUGCGCUGUGAUCGUUGGGUGUCUACUGUCAUUCAAGUCUUUUUUUAGUGCUUUAUUUUUACCCUAGGACUGCGUUCUUGCACACUGGGCCACGAGUGUGCAUGCUUCUGCCCUCUGUCUGCAAGUAAGCUUGUGUGUGUUUCAUCAGAGUCUACUUGAAACCGAGCCAUGGCCGACACAGACUUCAAACUGGAGCGUGCCGUCUUCGCCGAAGUCUCUGAUGAUGACGAGGAGGUCUCCUUGAUGCCUGCUGCCACCAAACCUGCCACCGUCUCCAAGGUGUUCAAAUCAAAACGAGGCGAUGAUGAUGACGAUGAUGACCCGGCGGAAGAGGUGGACCUGGUGUUGGGGCCGGGACUCGAUGGAGGCGGCAGCGGUGAGGCCCAGAAGUCCGAGGCCCAGGCUACAGGCAUGAAGGUCCUGGCACUCCUAGACAAGAUCAUAGGUGUGGUGGACCAGAUCCAGCAGACUCAGACAGGUCUGGAGGCCAAGCAGGAGACCAUGGAGAAGAACAUGAGCAGCAUCCAGACGGAGCUGGCCAAGCUGGCCAAGAAUCACGUUGGGACGGCCGGGACGGUCAACAAGCUUCUGGACAAGGUGCGGAAGGUGAACGUCAAUGUGAAGAGCGUGCGCACGGACCUGGAGAAGCAAGCGGGACAGAUUAAAAAACUGGAGAACAAUGAACAUGAGCUCCUCAAGAGGAAGAACUUCAAAGUGCUUAUCUUCCAGGACAAGGUGAAACCUGUGAAAGUCUCUAAGAAGCCAGUGGCUGCAGGAGAGGAAAGAGAGCAGGUGCUGAGUGAAGGAGGAGAGGAAGAGCAUGGCUCUGAGGAGGAAGUUGAGAUUGAGGAAAUCAUAGAGGAAUCUCGUGCUGAGCGCAUCAAACGCAGCAGCCUCCAGAAGGUGGACAAGCUGAAGAUGGCUUUCAGCAAGGAGCAGAUGGAGAAGACCAGACAGAAAACCAAGGAGAACCUGGAGAAAACCCGACUGAGAACUAAAGAGAACCUGGAGAAGACACGUCAGAGAACCCGAGAGAACCUUGAGAAGACCAAGACGACCCUGGGCAAGAAGAUGGGUAAGCUAGGAACAAAGAUGACGCCUAACACCGAACGCCGCGAGAAGAUCCGCAGCUCUAGAGAGAAGAUGAAGAAGUCACUGAAUCCUGACCACCCCGUCUACGCCCGCUCCAAAUCAACCACCUACCGCGUACCGCCCUUCACCUUCCACGUCAAGAAGGUCCGUGAAGGUGAGAUCGAACCCACACCAGAACCAGAGGAAGAGGAGGAGCAGGUGGAGCAGAAUGAGGAGGUCCAGGAGGGUCUUGCAGUGCAGGAAGGAGGUCUAGUGUCAAGGGUGGAGGAAGGUGAACUGGUCAAUCUUGACAGCCCGGAGAUAGAGGCCUUAUUAGAGGCAGCUGAUCAAUCACGGCUGGUGUUCCAGGAGACGGUGAGGCCAAGGGAGAAGGCCGGCCAAUAAGUCCAACAUGCUGAGCCCUGGGAAAAGCUCAACAAGGAAAAAUAACGUGGAGGUCUGGAGGUAAAUAAGGCUAAAAGGAUGUAGGGAACUGAGAUGUGCUUGAGGACGGAUUAAAGGAGUUGACUGGACCUUUGGCUGAACAUUUAGUUUGUUUGUUUGAUUUUUUCUUAUUAUCUUCUCAACCCCAAGGUUGAUUUUUUUGUUUUUUUUGUUCAGUUGUCAAUUUUUAAAUCAACUAAUAGUUAAUUUUGUGUCUAGAACUGAAUAAUACUCAGAAAAGAUCAAAUACUUUUUAUUGUGAUUACCAACACUUACUCUUUUAAAAUCUUUAAAAAAAAGAAUGUUAUAGUAUUUUCAGAAAAGGUGGAUGUGAGGAGGUUUGCACUCCACAAGAAUAUUUUCAUAAACACUCUCAUGGCAUUUAAUUCCUAUUAGACAUUUAAUAUUAACUCGUUCAUUUGUUAUCAAGGCUACCCGUUGCAACUGGAUAUUGCCAAUAUAUAUUUAUAUUAAAGUGCCUAUAUUUAAUGAACACCUUGUGUUCUUUGUACUAUCAUGUGAUGUGAUGGCUGCUGAUUUCAACAGUACAAAUUAAUAGCAGGCCUUAUGCAUCUUGUAGAACAUCUGGGCUUUGUUUUAAUGCCAUGAAUGAACUGUUGGAAGCUGUUGAAAGUGAAAACUUUAAGGUGCUAGAGAGUAUGUUGUCUGACAGAAAUAUUGUUGUGAGGGAAAGUGAAUUGCGAAAUAUUCUAAUU